AUGACCGAGGGCGACGACUCGGAUGACCUCGUCCCCGUUCCUCCAGCGGCACAUUUCUCUCAUCCUCGAGAAGUGGAUGAGCUGUCGGCGCUGGUUAUGAACAUUGUGGUUCCCCACCCCUUCAAGAACACCCAGCCUCUGCCAGUUUUCGUCUAUGUCCACGGCGGCUCUCUUUUAUACGGCGGAGCCAACCUCCCAAUCUUCGAUGCAGUCAACCUAGUCUCACACAGUAUAUCCAUUGGCAUCCCAAUAAUCUGCGUGAACUUCAACUACCGCGUCGGAAUCGGCGGGUUCCUUGCCGGUGAAAUGAUUGCUCGCAGCUUGAAGCACGAUGGUUAUCAGGGAAGCGGCAACUUCGGGUUCACAGACCAACAAGUUGCUUUCGAUUGGGUGCAAAAGUAUAUCGGCUUCCUUGGAGGAGAUGCCCAAAAGGUCACUGCAGUAGGCGAGUCGGCUGGAGGUAUCUCAAUCAGCAACCAGCUUCGAUCGGCUCGACCCCCUGUCUUCCAUCGCGCGGCUUGCAUGUCCGGUCUCUCUGUAGCAAUCCCUGCGUGGACAAUGAAACAACAUGAUCGGUUCUUCGAAGCUGUCUGCAAUCACUUCGCAAUUGACUCCGCGGCAUCAGACGCCCUGGACAAACUACGUUAUAUCCCGCAACAAGAACUUGCAAAUGCCACCGCUGAGAUUCAAGGUGUUCCCUCCGGUACGGGCAAUCCAUGCCUAGACGGCUGGUUCUACACCCCUGAAUUGGAUCCACGCAUGGUAAGCCCGCCGCCCACCUGGCUAAAAGGACUCAUGAUCGGAGAUACCUACCACGAGGGCGUCAUCUUCCAUCUGAACCUGCUUCAAGAAAGCUACGAAUCCAUCCGAGACACCCUCCAAAACAAGGUCGGAGACGGUCAGCUCACAGACCACAUCCUGGCAGCAUAUGGCAUCACGGCGGAUCUGUCACAAACCGAACUCCUUGAUCGAGUAGAGCACAUGUGUGGUGACGCCAUCUUCAAAAUCCCCAACUACCUACUAGCCAAUAAGUGCGCUGCUCAAAAGUUGCCGGCAAGCGAUGCGUUGUUCCUGUACCACUUCGACCAGCGUUCACGGCUGCCAAAUGCACUGGAGGGUACCGCGUAUCAUGCACAUGAGCUGCUGUACCUAUUCAGCAAUUUAGAUAAUGAGUUGAAUGAGAAGGAAAAAUGUAUGGCGAGGGAGUUUGCGGGGGCUUGGAUUCGUUUCACGAAUGGGCUGGCGCCGUGGGUGGAUUCGAAGCGGAAAUACAUGGUCUGGGGGCAAGAUAGUAAGAUGGCGGUUAAGAGUGAGGACGAGGAUGAGGAUGUGCGGGAUUAUACGAGGAUGAAGAUGAUGUUGGGGCUUGAGGAUGAGAGUGGGAAGGUGUGGGAGCGGUGGUUGAUUGGGGUGGAUGCUCUGGUGAACAGGCGUUGGCAUCUUUUUGGGCGAUAA